AAAAGAAGCGAGUUCCAACCGGAUAUUGCGUAAGACGGAAGGUUGAACGAUCUUUCUCACAGCCAUCUUGGAUAUAGCAUCCCAAGUCGCAACCAUGCCCGGUGAAGCUACAGAAACUGUCCCUGUUGCCGAGCAGGAGAUGCAGCAGCCCCAAGUGGAGACUGGAUCUGGCACAGAGUCUGACAGUGAUGACUCGGUCCCAGAAUUGGAAGAACAGGACUCGGCACAGACACAGACGCAGCAAGCACAGCUUGCAGCAGCUGCUGAAAUCGAUGAGGAACCAGUCAGUAAAGCCAAACAGAGCAGAAGCGAGAAGAAAGCACGAAAGGCAAUGUCAAAGCUGGGCCUCAGGCAGGUGACAGGGGUGACCAGAGUCACCAUUCGCAAGUCAAAGAACAUCCUGUUUGUCAUCACUAAACCAGACGUCUACAAAAGCCCAGCAUCAGACACAUACAUCGUCUUCGGUGAAGCCAAGAUUGAGGACCUGUCUCAGCAGGCUCAACUUGCAGCUGCAGAAAAAUUCAAAGUACAAGGAGAGCCUGUGUCAAACAUCCAGGAAAACACACAAACGCCAACAGUACAGGAGGAAAGCGAAGAGGAAGAGGUUGAUGAGACUGGCGUUGAAAUUAAGGACAUUGAACUCGUCAUGUCACAAGCCAACGUGUCGCGGGCGAAGGCUGUACGGGCACUGAAAAACAACAACAACGACAUUGUCAAUGCCAUCAUGGAGUUGACAAUGUAAAGGAACCCUGGAGGACAGAUUUGAAGAGCGGUUGCUGAUUGUGAAAAAGCAAUUUAUACCGAGAUGGAAAUAAACGUGUGGCUUAAUAAAAUCAAA